AUGGCUGAGGAGACCUCGGACAAAAAUAACAAUCCCAGCAUUGGGCUGCCAGACAAAAUACGUGACCAAGAAGGGAAGUGCAAAAUGGUGAACGGAGAAGAAUCGAACGUAAUUAAUGAAGCAUGCUUGCCCAUUGAAAACAAACCGGUUUGUGGUGCCAAAAACAAGCAACACACUGCGUUUAUGAAGAAUAAAAAAAAAACGAACCUGAAAAAAAUUAAUGAAGACGCAAAUGAAGUUAAGGACGAUUUGGGGAAAAUCUGCAAGGGACAAAUGAAAGAAAUGGUUGGGGCGGAGUUGUCCGAAAGGGAGAUAACCCGACGGAAGGCGGAUGGACGAGCUCUCGAGCUGAAGCAUGAAGGGCAAGGCGACAAGAAAGGAAGGAGACAAGAUAAGGAGCAAAGUGAGAAGAAAAGCCCCCCCAGUUGUAGCAUCGCCAGUAACGUAGACCAAACAACCAGCAGAACUUACAUCGGGAGAGUACCAAUGAAAUUUUCCAUUUCUUCAAAUGAGAAGACUGCACGAGGAGAACAAAAUGAUGCGCAGAAUCAGGUGUGUUGCCACGGUGAUGAGAGGAAAGAAAAUAGUAUUCUUACAAAUAAGAAAUUUUUAAAAUGUGCAAGUAGGGAAAAGAAUGACGUUGUAGGAAGUAACCACAAUUGGUAUUACAUCGAAAGAUAUACGAGCUGUUCCUCUAGCAACGUCGAUAGGAAGAAAACAGGAAAUGUAGACAGUGGAGAAAAUAACCCUGCGUAUGUUAGAAGACCCCAUUUAGAGCAAAACUUCUGCAACCAGAGAAUUAUCAAGAAUGGCCACGUCCCCAAUUUUGAUAAGUACUGUCCGUAUGAAAAGAACUGUGCAGAUCAUAUGGACGGGAGGAACAUGUACCACUCGAGUGGUAGCCCAGGAACGAACCGUGUCGUCAAUGGUGUUAACAGAAGUGCGAACGACAUUAGCGAUUGUAGUAACUUUGGUUAUGUGAAUAUAGUGUCCCCCCCAGAUGGAUUAAGCAACCAUCACUCUUAUCACCAGCAGAAGCAGCAGCUGGACGCUAAUUCGAAGGAAGCACAGACACACAUUUCGUCUAUUUUACCGAGUGAAAGAUCUCAAAACGACCUCUGUAUGAACACUGCAAAUGUGCAACACCAUCAUGUAAUGCCCCCUUAUGUGCACCCCCUGGGUAACAAAGAACAAGGUAUAAGAAUUGGAGCAUAUCCAAAGGAUCGCUUCUACAACAAAGGGAAAGAAAAAAUACACGACCAAUAUUACAGAAUAAAGUUGUGUCCAUUUUUAAAAAAAGGGCUGUGUCAAAAAGGAGAUAACUGCUCAUAUGCACACUCAAUUGAUACUUUACGAAGUUGUAUGAAUUUAAUGAAGACAAAAAUUUGCCAGCUGUGGUUGAAAAAUGAAUGCAGAAAUCCUAAUUGUGUAUAUGCUCAUGGGGAGGGAGAAUUGAGGGCAACGCCAGAUUACUUCAAAACAAAGCUAUGUAAAUAUUUUGACAAGGAAGGUACAUGUCCAUCUGGAGAUAAAUGUAGACAUGCACAUGGGCAGGCAGAACUGAGACAAAGAAACUACAGAAAAACGGAAUUUGAAAAAAAUUCUCCAAAAAGUAAGGUCAGUACAAAAUUCACAUUCAAUGAUCUCAGAAACAAGGGGGAAUGUUCGCAGUACAUUUUGAACAUGCUCAGUGGAAGAAGCAGAAAGGAGAAUGUCCACAGGAGUGAUUGGAACAAUUGGAAUGAAACGAACGGCCACAACGGAUUCAGCAACGGAAGUAGGUACAACAGGGACACUCGUAUGGCUGCCCCCACUGAUGAGAACUCAAAUGCGGAAAGAACCUCUGGAGGUAAGGGAGGUGCCCUUCCAGACCAAAUGUGUAGACCAGAAAAAAGAGAACGUACGAACGAAAUUACCCAGGUCUACCAUGUCAGUGCUGCCCACAGUUGUACAAACCAGGAGAAGGGAUUUAAUGCCGUGUUCACCGUUUUCGAGAGGAAGGAAAAGUCACAUGGGGCAAAGAACAGUUAUGGUAGUAGUGCAAACGUGUGCGGUGCGAAUUAUUCUGAUCAGAGGAAAGCUCCAAGGGAGGAACAAAUUUUCAAGGCAGACAAGGAGAAUGCACCCCAUGAGGACACACCACAUUUACAUAACGCAGUUUCUGGGACGAUAAGUAGUAUCACCUUGGAGCGUGACGGGAAUGGGAAAAAGGAACAGAGGGACCAUGUGGUGGAAGGAAGUAUGGGAAACGGCGCAAGCGAGGCGAGCAGACCAGAACAAAGAGCAGAUAUCCAAAAGGAAAGAAAAAGUAGCUCGUCGUCUGUUGAGCCCCUUUCCAAGAAGAAUCAAAAUUUGUCAAACAUAAGAGAACCCGUACAAAUGAAGAAUGAAGAAAUCGAGGUGGGCCCGAAUGCGGAACAGCAUCCUGUUGGGAAAUCAUCGCACAGUGGUGAUAUGAAUGGUGGUUAUUGCAAAAUGUUGAGGGAAGCAGCGAAUGGAGGGGAAAAGAAGGAAGGAACUUUCGCUGAGGUUAUGGAUAAAAGCAGCGAGCACAUGUCCAGUGGGCGAAGUAGUAGCCAGUACAUGUCUAUUGGGAGGAAUAGCAACGAGGGAGAGGACAAGUCGUGUUGGAGUAGAAGCCCAAAUAAGUCCUACGGGGGGUGUAACCAGGACUGCCAUGGAGAGAAUCGUUGGGAAGAAGAGGACGAAAACAAUGGCCAAAUGAGGGAUGAAAUUCAAGGGACAAGCCUCCUCGAAGUGGAAAUAGGAAGGCAAGACGACAGGAAGUAUGAAUGCGUUGAGAUAGGGGAUGCCUCGGUAGAAGAAUAUCCGCAAGCAAGACGAAGUGAAACACGACACAGCUUUGAAGGGGAUAAAAACGAGAACGGCAAUGUGGACCGUGGGGAUAAUGCACAUCAGUAUAGCGAUGAGAAUGAGAAUGGCAGGGGAGACAACGGAAAACAAAGAGACCGCAACCAGGAACAAGAACGCCAAACGCUAAACGAAUACAGGUUCACACGACACACGAAUGAAAUGGAUAAUUGUUCGAUGAAGGUGAACUGUGGAGAAAACAUCAUCCAGAGACACUACCCAAAUAAUUGCCCAAGGGGAGGGGGAAGAUAUGGCUCAUUUAGAAAUUUCAAGGAGAGUGGAAAUGACAUCCAGAGGAGCCCCAUUUUUACGAUGAAGAAUCAGUACAGAAAGGAGAACGAUGGAAAGAAGAAUCUGCUCCUGAGCAAAUUGGCUAGCUGCCACACGGAGAGCACACCUAACAACUACGACCCAAAGAAUUUUAAUUACAAAUAUAAGAAGUUUAACAUGGCAAGUAGGUACACAAAGCAUUUUGAGCGUUUGGACCACUACGGAAGCGUCGCGAACGUGGCAUCUUAUGGAAACUGUGACAGAGAGGGUUUGAACAACGGUGGGGAGCUAAUCAACAACGAGGGCACGCAGAACGGAAGCGUGAUUGGAGGUAGUGGAAGGGGCAACGCCUUAAAAGCAAGGGGGAAAAAGGGGAACACACAUGGAGAACACAACAAACUUAUCUAUCACAACGAACCGAAAGGGCAGAUGACGAACUGUAGAGAAGACAAGAACUACAAUGACAUCCCACAUAGAUAUUUCACCUGCAAAAGUUCACACCGCUCAUUUAACAACACUUACAGUCCACCUGAUCAGAAUCCAUCAAAUCAGAAUUUUGAAAACGCAGCGAGAUGUUCCCAUACAAACCACAACCACGCGAAUAAUUCACUCCACAUGCAGAAUGUCCUACCUAGACCUAAAGAAACCUACAGCAACGUUUGCAACAGUGUUGCUCAUAGAACAAACCAAACCUAUGGUAACAGCAACGGAACUACUAGUAACGAUAUGUUGUAUGGCCAUCCCGUAUAUCCCUUGAACACGCUAGUGAACAACUUUAGUUAUUACAACUACAACGUAAGUAAUGUUUCCUUGAACCGAAACAACUGCUAUAGUUAUUUGAAUGUGGAGCUGAACAGCGUGAACAUGGCUAGCCAGAUGCGCGUCCUACCCGCGGAGUUGUCCAUUUCAGUGCCAGGUGGAGGGACGACCGAGGAAGCAUAUAGAGCAGCAAACCAAGCGGCAAACACGACUGACAUGCCCAGCGCCCGUAACAACCGAGCACAUAACAGAUCGGCCAAAUCGCAUCCAUGCUCGAACCAGCACAGAAAAAAAAUUUUGAAUAACCAAAAUAUGGGAAGCAACCCGGCUAACAUGCACUUCAGUGGAAACCAAUCUGCUAACGUGCAUAGGAAUAAUAACAGGAAGGAAAGAAACUGCACCUCGUCUAAUGUCGUAGUGGGUUGUAGCCACCACAGAAGUUCUUUCACAGAGUCAAAUACGCAUGAUAACUGCGUGCAGAAUGGGAACUGUGGAUCUUUGUCCGCAUCGAACAUGGCAUACAAUGACAGAUCGGAUCCAUCUGUUGGUUCUUUUAGAGGAAACAGCAAUAGUUGGCACGGCGUCAGCGAAGAGAACGACCUGAGUGGCGAUAACAGCUGUAGCGGCUCCCACGGGGAAAACCCAAACGUGUACGAUACGCAAAUUUCCCAAAACGGCGGCAGGGAGAAUAGAAAAAGAACCCCCCACCUGCCCUACAGCUCACACAGGAACUAUGAAAAAACCAACAGUGCUCAUUUUAAAAACUACAGGAAUUACAACAACCAUGUUUGCACGAAUCAGGUGUGUACCAACCAGGUUUACAGUAACCACGUUUAUGCCAACCAUCCGGCUUAUGGUUCCAAUCAGGCGUACUAUAGCAACCAGGUUUACACGUACCAGCACCCGUAUAGCAACUACAUAUACAAUACUAACGGCCACACGCACAGCAGCAGUAGCCACCCCUACAACAACAGCAGCAGCGCGUACGUUAUGUACCCCUAUAGUAGCUACCCCUACAGCAUCAGCUACCACCACAGCGGCAACUACCCUUAUGACGAUCUAUACACCUAUGAUGGUGCAUGCCCCCAUGACGCUGUACAACCCUAUAACAGUGUGAACCCCUACAACGGCAACACCCAUUGUGACAGUGUCCAACCGUAUGGUUCGGCCCCCCAUUAUAGCAUCAACCCUUACUAUGGUGACGUGGAACAGUUUAGCGGUGGUCAAUUGUAUGGAGGCGCCCAACUGUAUAGCGGUGGACAGAUCUAUAUCGACGCCCAACAGUGUGGAGACGCGGAUCAAUGUGCCAACAUCCAACCGUAUGGCGGAGACCACUACUAUAAUGGUAACCGAAGCGGUGUGCACAACGGGAGCUACACUAAUGACCAAAGCUACGUCUACAAUCAGUACCCUUACAACGCCAUCAUGAACUAUGGCCCGCCUUACAACAGCAACGAUACGGAGGAGGGGCAGAAUGGUAACUGUGCACCUCUCAGGGAUGGCCUCCUGGACAACGAGGAGUACCAAAAUAGGCCUAACGAAAAUGGAAACAAUGCAAAUGACACGUGCCAAGAUGAAUCUGCAUUCGAUGAUCUUACAAAAAGUGCAUCAACAGAAGAAGGAGAUGAAGCAGCUGAACAAUCCCCUUUACAAUCUCCUGCAGUAUUUCAGCAGUGA